GGAUCAUAUUCGUUAUAAAAUAUAUAAAUAUUAGCUAUAGAAGUUGCUACAUUCUAGGUUCUAGAUCGAAAAGGAUUCCCCGUGCUGUGCCCCUUAGUUGUGCACCUUAGUUGUGCCCCUCAGUUUUGCCCCCAUAACCCGUGCUGAUCGAAAGGUCAUACCAUACCGUGUAAUGCCACGGAGGUUCAUGUACUUAUUUUAUUUUUAAACCCUGUCGCUGCGGGCAUGCUGGGAAAUCGGUCGUAAAGACAGAGUCGGAGAGCAGCGAGCGGCGUGCAGGUUUUGCGGUUAAUGCGAUAAUUUAAUUGUAAUGCGGGUCUGGAGUCCUGUGCGCCAAUAAUUUAACUUGCAAUCAGCGCGGCAUUUAUUGGGUUAAACAUAUAAGCCAAGCGAAGAAGCCGAAGGGCGAAGACGCAUACUUGCAUGCCCAAGGAGUGAAUGAACCCCAAGGAUACGCGGCUCCGGCUACAGAUACAACUACAGGCACAGAUACGCAGCGAAAGGGAAAAAUGAAAGAGUAGGACCCGAAGGAGCCAGAGGAUGGCAAAUAAAUUCAACGAUUUCUGUCCUGCGUGCAAUAAGGGUCCUGACGCAGUCAGUUGGGCAUUUUCGCACGUAAGCCACGAGGACGAUGACAGCAAUGAAAUAUGCAAGCCAGGUCCCGCACCCAAGCAUUUUUCCAAGAACGCAAGGCGUACAUGAGUCAGAAGUUGAAAGCCGGCUGUGAGGAUGAGUGAAAAUCCGAGUUCAUGUUGAAAGCCAAACAUUUAUAAACUUCCACAGCCUGGCAACUGUUGCUAGGGAGGGGGCAGCUACCAGGAUUGGCUUCCAAAACCCAUUGUCUCGCCGGGCAACACAUUUCGGUAUUAGUUGCCAUGUCGCAAGGACACUCGGCGGAGCAAUUGCUGGAGCUGCGCCGCAUCCUCCUGCUGACCGUCUAUAGGAACACGUUGAAUCAGCUUGUACUGCAGCAGCGUUCCCAGCGCUUAAAUGCCAGAAAACCGCUUUCACUGCCGGCUUCUCUUCGCAGGCGACGCAGUUCGUCGAUGGGGGAGCAGGAGAGGCCGGAACGUGUCCUCAUUACGGGCAAAGUGCUGCCUAGAUUGGAAUCCCUGCUCGGUGAGCAAGAGAACGAUGCCGAUCUGCUUGAUGAAGAUGUCCUAGAUGCACUGAAAUUUGAGAGGGAUAUGGAUGCCCUGCGAGCGAUUUUCGAGGUAGCCAUGAAUGAUCCGGAUUUGGCAGAGAAAAAUUAUACCCAGGAUCAGGGUCUAGAAACUGAUGGGGAGAAAGAAGAGGAACUAGAAGGUGAAGAUCCGCAGGAUAUGAAAAUUAUGUGUCUGCAAAUUAAUGAACAGCUCAAACUCUUUGAGGAUGAACAGUUCGAAGAUAAGAAGGAUGCAUUUAAAGAAGAGACAAUUGAGUCCUUCGAUGACAAGGACAUGGCAAACCUUGAGAUUAAAGUGACGGAAACUCCUUGUCUCGAGGAUAAGGGUCUGGAAAACAUAAAGCAAGCCAUAGCCGCGUUGUGUGGCAAUAGGAGUGAGGAGUCCCAGGCUGCCCAGCAGCUACAGGAGUCCAAGGAUGAACUUAAAAAACUCAAGGAGGACCUCGAACUCGAAAAGCGCGUCACCAAGGACAAGCUGCAGGACCUGGAGGAGCGCAUUGCCGACACCAAGUACAAGCUGCGCUGUGUCUCCCGUGUCAAUGACCUCGAGUACAGCUUGGUGCAGCGCUGGGAGGAGGGUCGUCUGGCCCAAGGAACCAUUUGGGGUGAGAACGCCGAGCGUGCCUACCUACGCGACAUUUUGGACAUCAAGCAGAAGCUGGCACGCGAGGAGCGGGUGAGCACCGAGCUCCGCUCCUUCCGCCAGCGGGAGAUCCUGGAGCUGCAGGCCAGGAUUAAGGAGUGGCAGGAGCGGUAUGUCAGCGAGAUGCGACGUGUGGAUCGCGAAGCAGAAGCCUGGGAGCUGCGCAUUCUCGAGCAGAAGAAGCUGUUGCAGAAGCACAAGGAGAUCUACGAGGAGCGGAUGACCUAUGUGCAGGAGUACCGCGCCCAAAAGGAGGAGGAGCAGCGACUCCUCGACCUGCAGAUGCACCGCAUCGAGUGUGCCGUCAGGCUGCAGGCCUGGUGGCGGGGAACCAUGGUGCGACGUGGACUGGGACCGUUCAAAAAGAAACCCAAACGCGGCAAACGAGGCAAGCCCAAGAAAUAAGGCAUUUUAGAAAGUAAAUACAUCUAAAUCAUAUAAGUUAAUAAAAUAUCCAGAUAUCUUGUAAGCUAUCAAC